CACACAAACACACACUAGCACACCCCUCCCCACCCUGACAACUCGUAUCACCCACCUGAUUUGCCUCUCUCACUCUCUCUCUUUCUUUUCUUUCUUUCUUGGGUCUUUCCACAGUCUCUCUUUUUCAGUCACCAACCUUCGCUUUACAAAAAAAAAAUUACAAGAAAAAGAAACCACAUACAAUACUUUAUACACAGAUAGAGGGAGACAGAGGGAGAGAGAGUGUGUAUGUUUUUGUGUGACUUUAGAGAGAGAGAGAGAGGUUGGUUCAAGUUCUAACAUUUUCAUGUCUUUGUGGAACAUGUUAUGUUGUUAAUCACCACCAUAACCAUUCUAUAGUCAUGACUCCCAAUGCCUUUCUCGUCUUCCACCUUCUUCUUCUUCUUCUUCUUCUCCCUUCAGCUCCACUUUGUAUGUCCUAUGAGCCUCGUAACCAUGAGGUGGAGGCAUUGAUAAACAUUAAAAUAGGUCUGAGUGAUCCACAUGGAGUGUUGAACAACUGGGAUGAAGACUCUGUGGAUCCUUGUAGCUGGGCCAUGAUCACCUGCUCUCCUGAAAACCUUGUCAUAGGCUUUGGAGCUCCAAGCCAAUCUCUCUCUGGCACUUUAUCUGGGGCCAUUGGAAAUCUCACUAAUCUUAGACAAGCGUUAUUGCAAAACAACAACAUCUCUGGCAAUAUACCACCGGAGCUGGGCACACUUCCAAAACUUGAAACGUUGGAUCUAUCUAACAACCGAUUAUCCGGUGUGGUUCCAGGGUCUCUGGCCCAGUUGAAUGGUCUCCAAUACCUGAGGCUGAACAACAAUAGCUUGUCUGGGCCCUUUCCCGUGUUUUUGGCCAAAAUUCCUCAGCUUGCUUUCUUGGACUUGUCUUAUAACAAUCUCAGUGGACCAGUGCCUAAAUCCCCAGCUAGGACCUUCAACAUUGUGGGAAACCCAUUGAUUUGUGGAACUAGUUCCAAUGAAGGUUGCUUUGGAUCAGUCACUCUUGUCCCUCCCUCCUCCUUCCUAGAAUCGUCACCUGGAAAACACAAGUCCAAGAAACUAGCAAUUGCACUAGGGGUCACCAUCAGCUUUAUCUUUCUCUUAUGUCUAGCAAUUGCCAUUUGGUGCAGAAAGAGACAGAGAAACCAAACUAUCCUACACAUCAAUGACAACCAAGAAGAGGGACUUACAAGCUUAGGCAACCUAAGAAAGUUCACUUUCAAAGAGCUCCAAUCAGCCACCGAAAAUUUCAGCUCCAAGAACAUCCUUGGUGCUGGAGGUUUUGGAAAUGUAUAUAAGGGAAAGUUGGGAGAUGGAGCUAUGGUGGCAGUGAAGCGGUUAAAGGAUGUGACUGGAGCCACAGGGGAAUCGCAAUUUCGAACAGAAUUGGAGAUGAUCAGCUUGGCAGUUCACCGGAAUUUGCUUCGGUUAAUUGGAUAUUGUGCCUCCCCUAAUGAGAGGCUUCUGGUUUAUCCUUACAUGGCUAAUGGCAGUGUGGCCUCCAGACUUAGAGGAAAACCAGUACUUGACUGGAACACAAGGAAGAGAAUAGCAAUUGGAGCUGCUAGGGGUCUUGUUUAUCUACACGAGCAAUGUGAUCCAAAGAUAAUCCACCGAGAUGUAAAGGCUGCUAAUGUGCUCCUGGAUGAUUACUAUGAAGCAGUUGUUGGUGAUUUCGGCCUUGCAAAGCUCCUUGACCAUGCAGACUCUCAUGUUACCACUGCUGUCCGAGGCACUGUUGGCCAUAUUGCACCAGAGUACCUCUCUACUGGCCAGUCAUCUGAGAAAACUGAUGUGUUUGGAUUUGGCAUUCUCUUGUUAGAGCUCAUAACUGGAAUGAGAGCUUUUGAGUUUGGCAAAACUGUUAAUCAGAAAGGAGCUAUGCUUGAGUGGGUGAAAAGAAUACAACAGGAGAAGAAAGUGGAAGUGUUGGUGGACAGAGAGCUUGGAAGCAACUACGACCAGAUAGAGGUGGGGGAGAUGCUGCAAGUAGCUUUGCUAUGCACUCAAUACUUGCCAGCCCACCGCCCCAAGAUGUCGGAAGUGGUCCGGAUGCUCGAAGGUGACGGCCUGGCUGAGAAGUGGGCAGCAUCACACAAUAAUACCAAUCCCAGUAUGAACCACUUUCACACUAACACUAAUCCCGCUGCAUCAAAACAUGAUGACAAUGGUCAUGAUCGCUCAAGCAUGUUUGGAGCUGGUGAGGAUGAUGAUGAACAUUCCUUGGAUUCCUUUGCCAUGGAACUCUCUGGUCCAAGAUAGAAAAAGAAAGUUCAAAAAGAAAUAGAAGAGGAAAAAAAGAAGAAGAAUUCUUUGUCUUAAUUUGAUUUCUUACAAGUCAAGAUAUCUUUGCUCCCAAAAAAAUAGGUUUAGUUUUCUGUUUGAUAAAACUUUUGUGUUGUUUAUAAUUGCUGGCCUCUCUAGGCUUGUAAUGUAAAUAGUGGGGUAUUAGUAUUAGUAUACUUUUCUAUUCCCCUUUUGCAUUUUAUUUUGUAUGUAUUUGGUGGUUCAAUUAGAAAUGUAGGAAAGUAUUAGGGGGGCAUGCUAUUUUGCUAUGUGUGGGAUAGGACUAUAUAUAGUCUAUAGGAUACAUCAUAAGAUGCUCUGUUCCCAAGUGUGAGACAGAAGGUUUUGGUAAGGUUGAUUUUGACUGUUUUUGACUGAAAAAUGGUAUGAAAAAUUUGUACUGUUUUUCUUA